UUUUGACGACCGGAAGACACACAAAUACGUAACGACUCCACGCCAAAUGUGGCAUUUGUGUCGACCAUUGAUGACGUGAAGACUGUAUGCAUUGAAGCUACACGAGGGUUUUAUACAGAGAAUAAACAGGACUGUGAGCGACAUGGGAAAACCAAAGGCAAAAAAGAAAUAUGCUGCGAUGAAAAAGAUGAUUAACUUGAAGGAUCAGAGAAUAAAAGAACAAGAUCGCGCCAAAGCAAAAGUGAAAAGGAAGAGAGACCCAUCAGCAAUAAAGCAAAAAGAAGUGACAAAGUACCCAUCAUGUCUCUUCUUCCAAUACAACACACAACUGGGUCCACCCUACCACAUCCUAGUCGACACAAAUUUCAUAAACUUCUCCAUCAAGGCCAAGCUGGACAUAGUGCAGUCUAUGAUGGACUGUCUGUACGCUAAGUGUAUCCCCUGUAUCACAGACUGUGUAAUGGCUGAGAUAGAAAAGCUGGGGAUGAAGUACCGUGUCGCUUUAAGGAUAGCCAAGGAUCCUCGAUUUGAACGCCUGCCUUGCACACACAAGGGAACAUAUGCUGAUGACUGUUUAGUCCAAAGGGUCACACAGCACAAGUGCUACAUUGUGGCCACAGUGGACAGAGAUCUGAAGAGAAGGAUCCGGAAAAUUCCAGGCGUGCCAAUUAUGUACAUCUCCAACCACAGGUAUAAUAUUGAAAGAAUGCCGGAUGACUAUGGUGCUCCAAGAUUCUAAAUUUCUUUGGAAGGAAUUAUUGGACCUGGAGUUAAUGGCUAUAUCAUAUCAGAAAUGACUUUUUUGAUCAUUCUUGUGAAAGAAUAGUGGAUUUUGUGAAGCUUCUAAUAUACUUUUGGACCACAGACGGGGGACACCGUUUCAACCGUGCUAGCUGAUGUUUUCGGACUUGGUUUGGAAUGAAAACGAGCCUUACAUUUUUUUUUGUUUUGGCUGUAUCUGGGUGAAAAAGGAAAUGUCAUGUAUUUUUGUGAUGUUAAUCCAAUACAAUAAAUCACGUUUCAUUAAAUAAA